AUGGCCAGUGGCGGCACUGACGACAUGUUGAGCUUUCCGAUAGGAGUCAUUAUGGGUCACCGGAUUGGAGGGGUCGGCCAAGGUGCUAUCAAUCAGUCGAUUCGCUCGACUGGUCGCGCUCGACAGGAAUGGGGCUUGCGGGACACGCGUCGAUGUGGCUUUCAGGGAUGUCAGACUGGCCGCUUUCGAGUAACUGCUCUUGGCUCGUCCAGGUCGUCGAUUAGUUGCUGUAGGCUUCUCUUUCCGAAUCACAAAUUUGUCCAUCCUGGGGGCUUCUGGUUAUGA